AUGUGGCCGGCUGGAGCUGCCGGCAAGCUGCCGGGUCCGCGGGACUCGGCGCUGCGGCGGGCGGCGUUCUCCGGCAAUCUUUCGGCUCUGCCUUUGCACUUGGCGCCCAGCGGCAGGAGCGUGCGGGUGUUCAUUAGCUCCAACCCCGAAGAUACAGUUGCGGAAAGAAAUGCUUUACGAGAACAUGUGUAUCCCAAGCUACGUGAGUUCUGCAGGGAAAACUAUGGGAUGGAAUUUCAGGUCAUUGACCUAUACUGGGGAGUAGAACCAGAAGAAUGGGACAGCCCAGAACUCCAAAAGACUCGUAUGAGGCUCUUAGAAGAUUGCCUGAAAACAUCAGCAGGUCCAUGUUUUGUUGGCCUUUUGGGAGAAAAAUAUGGAGGUAUCCGAAUACCAGGGGAAGUGGAAUCCUCAGAAUUCGAAAUGAUUCUGGAUGCAGCUAUUGAGGCAAAGCUAGAAACAAGGAUUUUGGAAGAAUGGUACUGCCGAGAUGAGAAUGCAGUGCCCCCAACUUAUUACCUCAAACCAAAAUCUGAAAUGCUGAAGAGCAAUCCCAAUAUGAUGGAAGCCUCUUCAAACCCUGUCAGUGAGAGCAAAUGGCAGGAGAUAUCAGAAGAAAUUAAGGUGAUGUUUAAGACAGCUGUGAAGAUACUGUAUGAAAAGGGGAAAAUGAAACAGAGUCAAGCAAAGAGAUAUCUUUCCUCUGCUAUCGAAGAUGAAUUUGAUUUUGCCUUAGGAAAACAAACACCAGCUUUCUUAAAGAAGUGUGUUUGCUAUAUUCGGAAGAUUGCUAACCUUGAACGUUUUGUUAAAGUUCCUGAGAUGGAGAAAUAUAUGGAUGUACUUCAUGUAGGUGGAAAAUUUCUGAGGGAUCCAGAAGCACUUGAGAAACUUAUCAAACUCAGGGAUGAAUUUGUUCCUACCAUUGUUGCUUCAUCCAAUUUGAGAGUCUACACGUCCGUUACCCAUUGUGACAUCAAAUAUGGUUACACCCAAGAAGUGGAGAGCCACUACAUUGAAGGGCUUGGGAAACAGUUCUAUGAAGACAUGGUUGAUAUCAUCCAAGCAACAGUGCAACAGAAUUUUGACAUAGAGACAGACUGGAUCUAUGAUGAAGUUCUACAACAUUCCUCUCUAUGUAGAACCUACUCUUCGUUCUAUGAAUAUAGAUGUGAUGCUAGAAAUCUUAUGCGCAAAUACCUUCUACCUAAGAAAAUGGGCCACCUUAACCCUCUUAUCAUAUAUGGAGGACCAUGCACUGGAAAAACAUUUUUAUUAGCAGAAGUGGCAAAGAAGGCUUAUGCUUGGCUGAAGGAAGAAAUGGGACCAGAGUCAGACCCUGUGGUAGUUAUAAGGUUUAUAGGAUCCACAGAGAUGAGCGUGGACAUUAGAAAUUUGCUUCAAAGUAUUUGCGAACAGUUAGCCGCUACCUAUCGAUACCUUGUGCAAAGCUACCCGAAAAAGAUCCAGGAUCUCAGAGACCUGUUCAUUAACCUUUUGAAUGAGUCUUCAUUUCAUCGACCUCUGGUUUUAAUUUUUGAUGCUCUAGAGCAGCUUGCUGACAACGAUGAUGCCAGGAAACUAUGGUGGCUCCCUGUUCACCUGCCCCGUUCAGUGCGAAUUAUCUUGUCCACACUGCCAAACAAACAUGGAAUACUGCAAAAAUUGAAGAGCCUUAUUCAUGAUGAAGAUAAUUACAUUGAAGUGAUGGCUCGGGACAGAAAGAUGUGCAGUCAAGUCCUCAAACAUCAGUUGCUCCAAGUUAAGCGAAAGGUGACUUCAGGCCAGCAAAUCUACGUCAAUGAAGCUUUUUCCAAAUGCACGCUGCCUAUGUUUGUAAACUUAACCUUCCGAGAGGUUCGGAAUUGGAGAUCUCACAAGGAUGUUGAUGGGUCUUCUCUCUGUGUCACUGUUCAUGAUAGUAUAGAACAGAUGUUCUGGUCUCUACAGAACAGCUGUGGGCCAAAACUUUUAUCCCGAGCCCUUGGCUAUAUCACAAUGUCCAAAUCUGGUCUGGGUGAAAUGGAAUUGGAAGACAUUUUAGCUCUUGACGAUACCGUUAUGAUUGAACUAAGUCAAGGCAUCAGAAGCCUUAAUCCAUUGAGAGUUCCUUACAUCUAUAUUGCAAAACUGAAAGAAGGAUUAACUGGAUACCUGAUAGAAAGACAAGUUAAAAAUGUCACUCUUCUAGUAUGGGCUAAUCGGCACCUACAGCUUAUCGCCCAAAAGAUGUACCUUCACAAUGAAGAAGACGUUCAUGAAAUGCAUACUGUAAUGGCAGAGUAUUUUCUAGGUGUUUGGUCGGGGGGUAGAAGGAAAUCUCUUUACCGUGAAGACCAGUAUCUGAAUGGCUGCCUGGACAGUGACAGCAGGAGUAUGAACAAUGAGGAGAAGCACAUGAUGGACCAGGUGAAUUUUGAUAGGCAAUCGCCUGAUCAGCCUUGGGUAUUCCAAUGCAACCCUUUGGAGCCUGACAUUUUUUUCAUUAACCACAGGAAAAUGACAGAGCUUUUGCACCACUUGACAAAAUGUGGGAAAACUGAUGACAUUUUAUAUGGUGUCAUUAUGAACUUCAGCUGGCUUUACACCAUGAUCAAAAUUGGGCAAUUUGACAAAGCUCUGUCUGAUGUCGAGUUGGCCUAUAACUACUCACAAGAAAAAGAGCUGAAGUUUCUUGCAUCCACACUUCGUGGCAUAAAAUACAAAGUGAUAAAAUAUCCAGGGACCCUCUCUGCUGAAUUACAACAGAGGCUUCUUCCAGUGGUCAGUUCCUUGCCCAAACUUAGACAGCUUCUUCUGGAAUGUGACAAAGAUGGCCCUAAAUAUUGUUCCAUUGUUCCACUGCAUUCUUCCAUGGAUCUAAGCUACAGCCCUGAAAGGCUGCCUUUAUCCUCCAGUUGCUCUCAAGUGACUGAAAUCCUGCCUACCUUUAAUCCAAGUGUAGUCAUUGUUGCUCUAGAAAAUGGUUCUAUCAGUACCUGGGAUGUAGAGACUCGCCAGCUAUUAAGGCAAAUUACAACCGCUCAAUCAGUAAUUUUGGGCAUGAAGCUGACGAGUGAUGAAAAAUACCUUGUAGUGGCCACCACCAAGAACACACUCCUGAUUUAUGACAAUCUCAAUUCUUGUCUUCUCUCUGAGGUGGAAAUUAAAGGAUCAAAGCAUAGUGGAAUUGGAGUUGGUUCGAGUUUUAUAAAUGGAUUUACCCUGUCUGUAAACCAUGUGCUCUCCUGGCUAGAAGCUAGUAAAGACAUUACGGUGAUAGAUCUCCUUUAUGGAUGGCCACUUUAUCAGUUCCACUGUUGGUAUGAAAUAACUUGUGUCCAGUGUUCUGCUGAUGGAAUGUAUGCUUUCUGUGGACAAUAUCUGAAUACUGCAUCAAUAUUCCAUUUAGGCAGUGGGGACAAGCUAACCACAGUGACCUCUGAAUUUUCUGGAGGGUUUGUCAAGUUUCUUCUUGUCUUAGAUGCAGCUCAAGAAAUGGUCAUGGUGGACAGUGAAGGGGGCCUUUCUAUUUGGAACACAGAGGAAAUCGCCCAUCCUCAAUUAACCAAUGACUUUGAUUGCAAGAGGGGGGAUAGCGAAUUUGUCAGUAUUGAACUUGCUGAAGACCAAAGUGCAAUUUUAAUAUGUAAGUCUCUCAGUAUUGAGCUCCUUGACACUAGCAUGUGGAAAAUCGCUGAAAAGUUUAGAGCUAAACAUAAUGAGCGCUUUGUAUCAGCAGUAUUAUCCAAAAACGGGGACUGUAUUGUUGCUUCUAUUGAAAAUACCUCUGCCAUUUUUGUUUGGAGGAGGGAUACUGGGCAGUGCAUGGCGAGCUUACAAGAAAUCUCAGGAAACAUUGUCAGAUUAAUUAAGUCUAAUCAUCAUAACAUGCUGCUCUCCUUAUCUACCAGUGGUGUCCUUUCUAUAUGGGACAUUGAUAUUAUAACUGCAAUGUCCAACAUUGACAAAACUGGCAAGCCAAUCCAAAGACUGGUUUUGCCUGCCAAAGGUGAAGCAAUUUACACACUGGAUGGAUCUGAAGCUAUACAUAAGUGGAACUUUAGCACAGGGUUCAUUGAAGCUGUAUUUAAGCAUGAAAGCCUAGUUGAAAACUGUGUCCUGACUUCCAGUGGGAAAUUGAUGAUUACCUCUGAUGACAAAUGCAGCCAGUAUGUGUGGCAAACAGGUUCAGGUGAAAAUCUCUUCCGCAUCAAUGGGCAAAGGAUAUGCCAGCUGUUGAUAACUCACAAUGACCAGUUUGUGGUCUCCCUCUGUGAGCAAAAUGCAUCAAGGGUUUGGAGACUGGCAACAGGCCACCGCGUCUGCAACAUUCUGGUUGCCUUGCAGAACGCAUUUAUAACCACUGCAAAUACAUUUGUAGUUGGAAUGACAAAAAAUAAAGUAUUAGCCGUGAGCCUGUGGACUGGAAGUAUAACCAAGAAGUUUUGUUGCGAUGAUGGCAUCACCAUUGUUGAUGUUAAACUAAUCCCAGACUGCCCUGAUAUCGUGGUCUUUAUAACAUCUGCAGAAACAGUAAACAUCUGUAGCCUGGCAGAAGAAGUCAUCUGUAGACAUGUACAGCUGCCUAACAGUUUCUUAAAAACUUUAGAGGAUUUUGAAAUAUCCCCCAAUGGAAAACUGGGGAUUCUGUCCCGUGGGGAUGAGAACAUCAACGUCCUGGACCUUCACAGUGGCAAACUUCGAGUGGUCCAUGCUUCUGGUAUUAUCUGGAGGCAGAAGCUAUCCCAGGAUGGCCGCUAUCUUGUAUACAUUUGUUUUCGCACGGGGGAAGAUGAUGAUGAUAACAGUGCAAUCUCUAUCUUAAUUGUAAUGAGACUGGCAGAUGGCAAAAACAUUGGUGCUUGUUCCCUUUACAAAACUCCCACUUUCCUUACUCUUUCCCAGAGGCAUCUGAACAUCAUUGUAGGCUUCGAUGACGGAAGCAUCGCCACUUACACUGUGGUGGAUCGAGUGGACGCAGCAUUGAAAAUUAAAAUUGCUACUUCAAAUAGCCGACAGAUUUUCAACAAUGCAACUCAAGUGAUUAGACCAAAGUGUCACAAUUACAGUUUCAAGGUGACCGCAGACUGCAUAUGGAGAGAAUCCACAGAAGUGUUUGCAAGAGACAGUCCCAUCACAGUGGCAGAUGCUGAAGGAAGUGAAGCGACCCCGACAAAAAAACACAACUAUUGCUAUGACAGAGUGUGUUCUGCCAUAGACUGCAGAGUGUUCACUGCUGACAACUGAGUAUAAAUUGAGGAGAAGUGUGUUCACCCUCCUGCAUAACAGAUAUUUCAUUUAUAUUUUGGUAUAAACCAAUUUUUAAAAAGCUGAUUUAAAAUGAACAUAAUUAAUGGGGCAAAGAGAGAAUACUCUAAUAUGAGGCUUGAUCCACAACCUUGACUGAAACUUUCAAGCAAUAUCAUCAUGUGUAUUCUGCCAUUUUAAAAAUGUGGGGGGGGGGGCUUUUAAAUAAGCAAUGAAGCUAUAUUUCAUAUUGGAAUGAGGCAGAUCAAGCAUUUUUAAAUCCAGGUGACCAGAAGCAAUUUUGAAUUGAUACUACUUGCAAAAAAUUGUGUUUUUUUCCCUUCUGAUGGUGCAAACAAGCUGUCACGUGUCACCCUGAAAGAGUUUGAUGCAUUCCAUAAGCAUUUGAGAUAGCAGCUAUUAGUA